AUGGCGAUCCCGCCGUUUCUGCGGAUGUUGCGGUGCCGGUGCCGGCUGGUACCGGCCCUCAGCGCAGUUAUUCUGAUCAGCGCAGGCCUGUGGACUUUCCUGUCAACUGGCGACCGAUGGGAGCGGCCUGUUCCGAUAGGCCACCGCAUUCGAACGGCAGGGUGCACGCUGCCCCGGUUCGACCCAUUCGACCCGACCGUGAAGCCAUUCAUCCGGCAUGGCGUCGAGCGCGCCAAGUGCCCCGGAAAGCCCAACUUCCUCACCAUCAGGAAUGGUAUCCCAGCCGUACUUUCGGAGAACUUGAAGGAGCACGGUGUGCUUCCUGAGGACCUCGACUGCUUCUACAAGGAAGUCUACCGAAACGAAUCACUAGCUGCUCCACACAAGCAUUACGUGUACGGGCGCCAAGUGAGAUUGUUGUUCGACAGGGCGCUGAAAGAGGAGUUUGUACUCGUAGAAUGUGGCACGAAGAAGUCCCCGGAGAGACCUUUUCACAAACAGUUACUUCUGAACCCGCUCCUCAAAAACAACGUCGAGAAGCGUUGCCGAAACGCUCGUAGAGGGACGCCCCACAACCUCAGCGUCCUAAUACUUGGUCUGGACGCGGUGUCGCACCUGAACUUUGACAGGCACCUGCCGGAGACCGCGGUAUUUGUGCGGGACAAACUCGGCGCUUUAGAACUUCAUGGAUACAACAAAGUGGGGGAGAACAGCUACCCGAACCUGAUGGCCCUCCUCACAGGCCUCAAAGACUUCGAAGCCGACGAGGCGGAGGCGGCCGGAGCCUACGACAACCUGAGUUCCCGAUUUGUCUGGCGCAAAUAUGCUGCACGGGGAUACAGGACCAUGUUUCUCGAGGAGUGGACGCAGUUUUCUCUCUUUAAAAGCUUCCACCGUAAAGGUUUCUGGCGCGCGCCGACUGACUAUUAUCUACGACACGUCAUCAAGCUGAUGGAGGACCUAACCGAGAACACUGAAGAAGAACUGCGGGUAAGCUGCCUGGGACCCACAAUACCGUCCAAAGUGCUGCUGGGCUACCUUGCCAACUACCUGAACCUAAUGUCGGAGCGGCCUUCCUUCACCUACACCUGGUUCGUCGAAUUAGCGCACGAAUGGCUGAACAACGCAGCGUAUGCGGACGAACCUGUCCGGCGACUGCUUGAAGAUGUGCACGCAUCCGGCGUGCUCAACCACACCGUUCUCGUGUUCCUCAGCGACCACGGAUUGCAAUUCGGUGACGUGCGCACCACGUACAUCGGUAGGCUCGAAGACAUCCAGCCAUUCGCAUUCCUCGUCUUUCCGUCGUGGUUCCUCGAGAAGAAUCCCGAGGCAGCUCGGAAUCUUCGUAUCAACCAGCGCCGCCUGACGACGCCCUUUGACCUGCACGCGACGCUCGUCGAGCUGCUCGACUAUCCCGUCCGCAAGCGACCGCGUACUGCGUACGGACUCAGCUUGUUUCACCAGAUACCGGGCGAGAGGACGUGCAGCGAUGCGUCCAUCAAGCACAAGUGGUGCGCGUGCAGGGUGCGGGGUGAUGCAGCCGUAUCUGGUGCGCUGGCCAGGGCAAUGGCAAAUCAGAUUGUUUCUGAUGUCAACGGGGAGUUAACGCGGUCGACGCGAAAGUGUGCCGAGUACCAACUGCUCCGAGUGAUUGACGUCACGUUGCUGCAGGCGACGCCGGCUGAGCUCGCAAAGAACACGAGUCAUUACUUGGUCGACGUCAAGCUGUCGCCCGGCAACGUCGUUUUCGAAGGCACCGUACGUGUUAGCGCGGAAAACAUGAUUGAUGUGAAGGAUAUUAGUCGUUGUGACUGGUAUAAGGGACAAGCCUACUGCAUGUACGGACACCAACUUGCGAAUUACUGCUACUGCCGCCGUACUUUCGGUGGUCAGGUCUGA